AUGGGAUCGAUUUCUGUACCAGAUUUCCACAUUGCUAUUAUUGGUGGUGGAAUCGGUGGACUCACAACAGCCCUAUCCCUAGCCCACCACUGCUCUAGAAUCAGCAUCUCGGUCUACGAGCAGGCACCUGUAUACAGGGAGGUUGGAGCUGGUAUUGGCAUUGGUGUCAAUGCGACCAGAAUCCUGCACCGGAUUGGGGUUGGACCAGCGGUGAAUGAUAUCUCAGGCGAGCGCGAUGGUAUCCAUCGAAGUAAUCGACGAUUCGAUAAUGGUGGCGAAAUCGUGACAAUUGAGGCCAUGGACGAUACAGCCUACCCAGCGAUGCGACAGUUGUCGGUGCAUCGGGCGGAGUUCUUGGACGUGUUGCUCAAGGCGGUCCACGAAAUGAAAAUCGCGAGCUUGCAUACAAAUAAGAGGGCAGUCAGAGUUGAGGAAGCAAAUGAGAAUGAAGCUAUAAUAACCUUUCAAGACAGCACCACCGCGACUGCCAACCUUGUUAUCAGUGCAGACGGCAUCCACUCUGCUAUUCGUUCCAGCUUAGGGCCCAACGAUUCACCUCAUUACGCCGGGCAAAUCGCCUAUCGUGGUCUUCUCCCUUUGUCCUCUGUGGCACCUACUUGGCCCUUCUCCUCAUAUGCUAUAUCAUGGGUUGGACCCAACAAGCAUUUCCUCGUAUUCCCGAUCUCGCAAAACAAGACGCUGAACGUGGUAGCUUUUGUUUGUAAGGCGGAACAAGAUCUGGGCGAUCUCACAGAGAGCUGGACGAGCUUGGUGGAUAAGAGUGAACUGGAGGCAGAGUUUGCGGGCUGGCAUUCGACUCUUUUGCAUUUGAUAGGGCAGAUGAACCAGCAAGUAGGCAAGUGGAAGAUAAACGACAGAGAUCCAUUAGAAAAAUGGGUGUAUCUGAAUGGAAAGGUCGCUCUUUUGGGAGAUGCGGCGCACGCGAUGCUACCUCAUCAAGGGUCUGGGGCUGGCCACGCAAUCGAAGACGGAUACGUGCUUAGUCUGGCUUUGAAAGAUUACCUCCAGGCUCGGUCUCAAUCCGAGGAGGCCACGCUGUCAACAUGGACCCAGCUAUACCAAGAUUUUCGUCUGCCAAGAGCACAGCGAUCGCAGAAUACUUCGCGUCAGGCGGGAGAAACCUUGAAAAUGCAAGGCCCGGACUUUGAAGGUCUGUCCUAUGAAGACUGCCUACCGGUGCUAAAACGUAAAUUAAAAGGACGGAUGAAGUGGGUGUGGUCAGCCGAUAUCGAUGCCGAAUACCACGACGCCGCAGAAAAGGCAGGACUGAGAAGAUAA